AUGCAGGGCUAUAGCGAAAGAUAUGGCGAGGUUCCGCAAGCUUCGACGUCCUACGGCCUCCACGCCGUGAGGAAGCCGCCACCGAAGCCGUGGAAGAAGGGGGCGGCGCCGCCCAUCCCGCCGCGGGUCUACCGGGUGGAGCCCCGGGGGUUCCGGCAGCUCGUGCAGAGGCUCACCGGCGCAGAGCCGGCGGCGCCGCCAGCCCGCCGCCUGAAGGAAGCGGCGCCGGCGCCGCUCCUCCUGCCACCCAGCCAGCGUGCCGCCCCGGCGGCCCUGCCGGCGGAGGCGCGGCACCACGCCGUCGCCGGCGAGGAGCAUCCGCCGCCCCACUCGGCGGGGAAGGGUUCUCCCUCGCUUUACUCCUCGUACAUGGCGUGGUGCAACCUGCCUCUUCUUAGCCCGGGUUCGAUAGCCUUCCUGGAUCAAGCAACAGUCAACUAG